AGGCCGCAGUCAAGAGUGAUUCACCAGCCUAUGGGCGAUCUGCUGUGAUUUUACCCACCCGAGUGAUCGUCUAUUUAGUUUCUUGGUACGACCAUGUUGAUAGGCUUCAUAAUGGUAUAUCGGCUUACGUAUUCUAUGAUGAACCUCAUGUGCUAGUUGCAAAGGGAAGCAAGAAGAUAAUGCACUUCAUCUGUAGAUGAACAUCGACAUGAUCUCCACGGGAUAACUUGUACUUAAGUCAUCUAGCGACGACGGUAAUCUUUCCCUCAGCUUCUAAUUUUCCCGAUCGAGAUUAGAUCUUGCUAUCAUGGUGAAGCAGUAGACUUUGCGCGACAUCUCCUCGUCCGUAAAUUUCUCACACCGUAGACUUUUCCCACGACGGGUCUGCUCUAUUUAGGUGAAAGCGGAAAGGCCAUGAGGAAGCGUACGGCAUGUCCCGAAUCACAACCUCUCUUCGGCUGCGCGUGUUUUCUUCGGCCUCGAAGAGUCGUACGGUUUCGAAAAGCGACGGCCAAAUUCGGAGCGUCCCUCUCCUGGUCUCAAACUCCUGUCGUGCUUUUGCGACGGAUCUCAAGCUGGUUCACGCGGACAAGGAGGCGACAGUCGAUGCUGAAGGAGGGCGAUGCAUCUCCAUUAGACUGUGUGGUAUGGAAGAGCGGGAGGGCGUUCGCUCAUCUUGGUCGCCAACAUCAGCUGGGACAACGACUUCUCAGCUCCAAGAAGCCGAGACGCGAAGUGAAACGGUCGAAGUUGCUCCUCGCGAGGGAAUCAAUGAUGUCGUUUUAUGUCAGUACAGGAAAUAAAAUUAUAUAUAAGAGAUAUUUAUAUCAUAGAUCCUUAACCCUGUAGGUUUACAUAGCUGAAGAUUAUGUGCCAACUGGUUCCACAGGCGUGUUUGAGUCGUCUUCGGGAUGUAAGUGCAGGAGUAUGGAGUUGCGGGUGAUACUACGUACUAUAAUGCUUCAAAAAGAAUGAAGCACAAGAACUACAACAUCAGAGAAGUUAAAAGAACGCAAAAGAGACUCACGAAAUCGAAAAUCGUAGGCCAGCUCAAGCCCAAAGUGAAUCAUUAAGAACUUGACCAAUACCAAAACUUAAAGUUAAACUAGUCCAAAGACAUCACCACAAGAAGUAACUCAUAGUCUAGUCCUCUUCACACAUCGAGAAGCCGGUUAAUUCUUCCCUCAUCACCCCAGGUUCGUCCCUUCAAACAAUUCAUACAUCGAGAAGCCUUCAGCUCACAACGUUUUCGAGACCAUGCGAGCCGCUGACUGUAUCUCAGCGGAGACGUAUGAAAGGAAAAAGUGCACUCACACUCAAGAAAUUGGCUAAGAUUUAAGUAGAGAAGUAGCUACUUUUUUGAGUGUGAGUGCACUUUUUCCACUCAUAAGACGAUGUCCGAGGGCGUUGUCGCGUCACUUCUUAUCCAGAAACAGGCGGAAGCGUGGAAAGAACUCUUGGGGCCAAACAUAAUUGCUUCAGGAGCAUCUUCCGAGAGCGCUGCUUUGGUGUCCUCUCCCAAACUUUUUCCAAAGGAGGUGGAGCGAGGUUCUCAGAAAGAGGUGGUUGCACGUGUCGAUGUUAGAAGAAAGGAAGCAGCUCUUGCCGAUGGCAUGGAUAAAGAUGAACUAGAAGGUAACAGUGCAAAGGCAUUGGCAGUAGCCGGGCAAAAGGACGAUAGCGAUUGCCUGGACAUCUUCGAUGGAGGAAGAAAUUUCCAGAACCCGUCGAAAGCCGCGGCGGAGGCCUUAUUUCGCUCCUCUACUUAUGCAGCUACACAGCGGCUCUUUCGAACGGAGCUGCGCUCAUGGUACUAUCAGCGCAAAAAUGGCACGAAGUACCAGGUGUGGAUGCCCCCUGGUGUUAUCUUCGCGAAACAGUGGAAGUAUCACUACGAUAUUGGGCCUAAUCAAGCCCCCGCAAUAGAAAAGUGGUGGUUUCCAGACUCGACUAGCGGCCGCCAUCUCGUGUCACGAGAUUCAAUCUCGCCUUUCUUCAGCCGUCCACACAGUUCUGACGGGGAGGACCACGCGUUCGACUUUACAUAUAUGGAUAGUAUUCAUUCCAUCCGUAAGACCAGCGGCGCUCCCCUUGAUGCUAUACGUUUUCAAUGGGAAAAGGGUAGCCAUGAUGGUCUGGCUAGAUGGAAUAGACACCAUUCAUAACAUACACAGUGCGGCCACCUCCUCGUCCGCGCCAUGAUUUAAACGCCGAUAAUAGGAGGUAUGGAAGAAGGCCGGCAGAGACGAGUCCAGUCGAAGAGGAAGAAAGCAGAGACUGCUCCAUGAUAGGCGAAGCGGGUAAUGUACCGGUAUCCCUCGUGGUCGGUGGUGGCACUUGGGCCAUUGCCCGGGCAAAGGAGGAUGCUUUAAGAAAUUUCGUGCUGAUGGAGAGCAGCGACGCGCAAUUGUUCGUGAGUGUUUACCGAGCCUUUCAGGCUUUUGAAAUUCCCAGCGAUCGCUUGUUUGAGAAGCGUAAUGAAAGGGAUGUGGAUAAUUUUGGAGAUCCGGUGCAGUCUAGUAUGUCUACAUCCUUCGAGGAUGACAGUAUCACGAGUUCUGGCGCUCCUCCACAAGCCUCUACGAAUUCGAAGGAACCUCCAGAAGCCGGUCGCACUUUUGAAAAUCUACGCAUCAUUUUUUCUUGGCCAUGGCUCGUGCAUCGAUUUUGCCCAAAGCACAGCGUGGACCGCGUGCACCUUCAUUUCCCCAUCCGGGAUGAACUUGACGACUUACUGUUUGGGCUUUUCGCGAUCCUCAAGCCCGGGGGCGAGGUGGUGAUAACUAGCCAGGACGCCGAUGCAGCGCAGGAACACGCAAAGAUUAUGCUCGCGCCCAAGUGGCACGCGAAAUUUCGCUCACCGGUCUUUCACCAACGCCGUGACGAGCUUGCGCGCAAGGAAAAUAAACGUCGUAAUAUGAAAGUCGCAUCACGACUAGGAGAGGCACACAAGCCAGCUGAGUACACUGGUGCUGACGGUGGGACUGCGGCUGAUAAGCUUCUAGAACCCUUUUAUGAACGCAUCUUCGAUCCCUACCUGUGUCCACCUGUAAAUAAGGAGGAAAAAACGGAUGGUCGCGUCACUUUCAAUCAGCGAGUGGCUGAGAUUGUUGGCCGCGACGAGUGGGUCGAAACGAGAGGUUUUAGAAAAGGCCGGCCCUCUCUUGGCUAUUGGAAAAAAAGGCAUGAAGCGGAACACGGCACAGAAAAUGUGACAGAUGAGGACGCGGGCACUCCCACUGCAAGGAGCGUGAUUGUGAACAUCAGUACAGGCGAAGGCCUUGACGUGGUUGCCACGUCUUCGAGUUCAUCGAGUUGUCGACGGGGAAGCUCAAUCGAGGAGAUGCAUGUAUAUGAGUGUGACGGCCGUGGUGAUGAAGAACGAUCUUCCGCAGAACAAGCUCGUACUCUUCAACGCGAGACGAGUAACGCAUCACACCGAAAGAACGCACCGCUGAACAAGAUUGAGCCAACAAAUUUCGACUCGACGUUGCAACCACAUCAACAUAAUGAGAAGCUUGCCACUGCCUCAACGCCGCCGACGCGAACUGCCAGUUUGUGGGAGGUGGGCGACGAAAAAGUGGGAGAUUCGACCUUUCGGUCGUCCGCAGCGAUGUUGUCAGAGGGUGACGCCGGCUCGUACUCUCCUAAGAUGGGAUGGUUCUUCCAAUCUCGGUGGCAAUCCAUUGCUUGCACAAAGCCCAACCAAAGAAUGGCAUCGAAUUUCCUGCUGCAGGUAGAUAGGAAGUAUUUGAAAAAGUAGGAAAAAUCGCGAAUCAUCUAAGUAUAGUGCCCCAAUGCCGACGAAAUACAACCAGCACUAGUAUUUAGCCGAUACGUUACCAGAGCAAAUAUUGAGAAUCCUUAAGUAUCCUUUGCAUUUCGGGCACAUCAACGUCAUCACUCAAUAUCGUGUUUCGAAUGAAUGAAGGAUGAUUGAAUAUUGCCACCACAAUUUCUGGGAUUAAGAUCAAGCCAGACUCCGCGC